AUGAGGAAGAGGCCACCGACGGUGAUCGAGGAGUUGACGGAGGUGUACAACGAAGCAGCGAACAAGACCAUCACGAACCUGGCGCUGGAGCAGAAGGGCGACUAUAAGCGAGCCGUUGACGGCUGGAAGGCAUUGCAUACACAAGUGUUGUUCAAGAUUGACAUCAUCAACAAGGCCUUCACGAGCCAUCACUACACGGCAGAUGAGCUGUACGUGAGGGAGGGGAUCGAGGAUCUGCUGCUGAAGGGCGUGGACCACCAGGAGCGGGUGGAGAACGCCCUACGGUCCCAGCAGGGCUCGCUGUCGUCGUUAUCGUCCACCAGCAGCCAUCACCUCCAUCAGCAGAGCACGUACACGGUGCCAACGCUGAGAUCCGGCACUCCUCAGAGCUUCACGGUGAGACGGGAACAGCAGGAAGGGCCGAAGCCUCAGCGACUGUUGAAGACGUUGCGAUCUGAUCACAAGCCUUUGUUGAAACACAGUGCCAAAUCGUACACAGGGUACGGUUCAAAUGCCAAACAGGCACACGACAUCUUGAACAACGGCUCCUCUUCGCUAACUUCUGUUGCUCAGAGACAGGGGAAGCCUGUUGAGGAUGUGAAUAUCUUUGAUAAGUCAUUUGAAGACGAUUUUGACAGCUUUGGUAUGACUCUGUCCAGAGAGGAUACGCUGAAGCAGCUAGAGGCGUCGGGAAAGCAGUCGAAGUCCUCGAGACACCAAGUGAUUGAUCUAACACUGGAUGACUUGGACAUCAACGACGGCUCACAGCCACUGUCCCCUCCUUCGAAUACCAUUAGCCCAACAAAGACUAAUGCUACUCCUCCUGUUUCUAAACUACCAACAUUGACCAAGUCAAACACUGCACCACCGUCGUCCACUGUGAGAAAAGCAACCCCGAGGACUGCCACUCGAACCACGAGACCAACAGCUACCACUACAAAGACGUCAAACGUUGCAUCCAAACCACCUGUUAAGAAAAUUGUCAGACCAGGCACUGCGAACUCACAACAGCAUCAGCAGCAACAGCCACGUGCUGGUGCUCGUGCAGUGAAGACCACUGCUUCGAUACCAUCAAGAUCUCAAACGCAAUCGCAACCUCAGUCUCGGCAAGCACUGAAGCCUCCAAUGAAGAAGGAAAGAGCAAGGUCUGAAUCACCUUCCAGGGGGGAGAAGGACACUGAAACAUUGGACUCUGAUAACGCAGAUGAAGAGCUGGUACACUUGUCAGAAAAGGAGAUCCGUGAAAAGAUGGAGGAUCAAAUAAUUGAGGAGAUCAGAGGCAUAGAUUAUAACGCUGCGAAGCAGAUCUUCAACGAGAUUGUUGUACGUGGAGACGAGGUCCAUUGGGAUGAUAUCGCAGGUCUGGAAACAGCCAAAAACUCCCUGAAGGAAACAGUCGUGUAUCCAUUCCUAAGACCUGAUUUGUUCUCUGGCUUGAGAGAACCUGCGAGAGGUAUGUUACUCUUUGGCCCACCAGGUACUGGUAAGACCAUGCUGGCACGGGCAGUAGCCACGGAAUCCAAGUCCACCUUCUUUUCCAUCAGUGCCUCGUCCUUGACCUCCAAGUACUUAGGUGAAUCUGAGAAGCUGGUGAGGGCCUUGUUCCAGCUUGCAAAGAAGCUGUCGCCAGCGAUCAUCUUUGUCGAUGAGAUUGACUCCUUGUUGUCGUCCAGAAGCGAAGGUGAAAACGAAUCAUCAAGACGUAUCAAAAACGAGUUCUUGAUCCAAUGGAGUGAUCUGACUCACGCUGCUGCUGGAAAGGACACAGGCGAGGACCUUCAGAGGGUGUUGGUGUUGGCUGCCACCAACUUACCAUGGGCAAUUGACGAGGCUGCGAGAAGAAGAUUCGUUAGAAGACAGUAUAUUCCAUUACCAGAACCGGAGACACGCCUGGCUCAGAUCAGGAAACUAUUGGCUCACCAGAAACACACGCUGGAUGAAAAGGACCAGGCGAAGUUGGUUGAAUUGACUGAUGGCUUCAGUGGUAGUGAUAUAACAGCAUUGGCCAAGGAUGCUGCUAUGGGUCCACUGAGAUCACUCGGUGAUAAGUUGUUGGAAACUGACAAAUCUGAAAUCAGACCUAUUGGACUAGAAGACUUUGAAUCAAGUUUGAAGUACAUCAGACCGAGUGUCAGUAAAGAACACUUGGUUGAAUUCGACGAAUGGGCAAAGAAGUUUGGUUCAAGCGGUGUAUGA